AUGAUCCAUCAUCCAACCGCCACUGUCAUACGACGAAAUUUUUAUGACAGAAACUACAAAUAUCAUCAAAUUAAUAAGUCGAAACUUUCGACGUUGUGGAUAGCAUGCAGAGCGAUUGUUUUUGGUGGUGUUAUUAUCCUUUUUGGCAUUUUGAUGACUAUUCUUGGUUAUUUUGAUGUUUAUUUAUCUCAGGAAAUCGUACACAGAGGAAAUGAUGGUACCGAUAAAUUGUCCACCAACUGGACCAAGCGGUAUUUGUUUAAAAGUUUGCAGUAUUUCGGACCAGUUGCAAUGGGAAUUGGUUCAUUUAUCCUUAUCGUAGCCUGUGUUAUUACUCUUGAAAGCAGGGAUAAGAAUACGCAGGUGCUUCAUAACAUAGAAGUUAAUCCGUGUAAGAAAACAUCCUUGUUGCAAAGAGAUGUGAUACAGCGACAUUUGCCAAUGACUGACCAAGAGAUACGUGAGUGGACACCGUUAUACAAAGCUGUCCCAUUGUCAAGAUGUGAUUUCACUCCAAUAAUGGAUAAACAACGGAAAUAUCGUUCCACACCAUGUAUACCUCAAAUGCUUCUCGAUGAUGUUGAUAAUAGGAAAUUGUAUGGGCGAUACCUUGAUAGUUAUUAUUGUGGUAUCUUUGACAUCGAAAAUGAUUUAGUAUUUGACACACACGAUCACAGCCGCGCUUGUACGUCCACAAGUGAACACUGCGAUCAUGCCUCCCAUUGGCAAGAUGUGACUGUUGAAAUGCAUAGUCCGCCUUCGAUGUUAAGUACAGUGAGGUCACCGCCGUCGCAAAUUUCUCCAGUCAAUUCGCCACAGCAAAAUCAGUAUGCGUUUGCCGUAUGCUGCAGUACCUCCAGGAGAACUAACGAUCUCGCUUAUAUUGAACACAAUAGUAGUAAUAUUGUUGUUACUAUUGACCCUUCAGCAACUGCUGAUACCGCCGUCGAUGUCAGGCCAUCCGCUCAGGAUAGCGGCAGAAAUCCGGACGGAUUCGAAAAGCAUGCUCCACUCGCAUCAUUAGAUAUUGAAUUUGGAACUUCGAGCAGCUCUUCCUCAUCCAAUAUGAAAGCUCUGAAUGUGGACAGCUCCUUUAAUAUAUGA